GCCUCGCCUCACUAUGGCAGCAGCAUGGCACAGCAUCCUCGACUUCACACUUGGCGCCAAAGCUGAUGGUGAGACUGUUCUAAAAGGCCUCCAGUCCAUUUUCCAGGAGCAGGGGAUGGCAGAGUCGGUGCACACCUGGCAGGACCAUGGCUAUUUAGCAACCUACACAAAAAAGAACGGCAGCUUUGCCAAUUUGAGAAUUUACCCACAUGGAUUGGUGUUGCUGGACCUUCAGAGUUAUGAUGGUGAUGUGCAAGGCAAAGAAGAGAUCGACAGUAUUUUGAACAAAGUAGAAGAAAGAAUGAAAGAAUUGAGUCAGGACAGUACUGGGUGGGUGAAACGAUUACCACCCAUAGUGCGAGGAGGAGCCAUUGACAGAUAUUGGCUCACCGCCGAUGGGCGCCUGGUUGAAUAUGACAUAGAUGAAGUGGUAUAUGACGAAGAUUAAUCUUGUCAAAAUAUAAAAAUUCUACACUCGAAGCAGUUUGGAAAUAUUCUCAUCCUUAGUGGGGAUGUUAAUUUGGCAGAGAGUGAUUUGGCAUAUACCCGGGCCAUCAUGGGCAGUGGCGAAGAAGAUUACACUGGCAAAGAUGUACUCAUUCUGGGAGGUGGAGAUGGAGGCAUAUUGUGUGAAAUAGUCAAACUAAAACCAAAGAUGGUCACUAUGGUAGAGAUUGACCAAAUGGUGAUUGAUGGGUGUAAGAAAUACAUGCAAAAAACGUGUGGCGAUGUCUUAGACAAUCUUAAAGGAGACUGCUCUCAGGUUCUAAUAGAAGACUGUGUUCCGGUACUGAAGAGGUACACCAAAGAAGGGAGAUAAUUUGAUUAUGUGAUUAAUGAUUUGACAGCUGUUCCAAUCUCCACUUCUCCAGAAGAAGAUUCCACAUGGGAGUUUCUCAGACUGAUUUUUGACCUCUCAAUGAAAGUGUUGAAACAGGAUGGGAAAUAUUUUACACAGGGGAACUGUGUCAGUCUGACAGAAGCGCUGUCGCUCUAUGAAGAACAGCUGGGGCGCCUGUAUUGUCCUGUGGAAUUUUCAAAGGAGAUUCUCUGUGUCCCUUCAUACUUGGAAUCGUGGGUAUUUUACACUGUUUGGAAGAAAGCUAAACCCUGACGAUCAAUAGCCCCUAAUCACAUGUGCUGCAAAUAGCCUUCCUGACCUCCAUAUACUGUACAUGACAUUGAAAUGAGUCAGGCAAUUGAUUGUGAAUUCCUUAAAGUUUUCCUUUUUUUAAUAAUUAUUUUUAAUUUAAAAAAGCAAACGGAAAAUGUAUAUUUUGAUGAGUUUAGGGUGUUAUUUUUUUUGAAAGUCAGAUGAAGGAUGGUUAGACAGCACAGCGAAGACUGCUAA